AUGGAAUAUUUUGGAGUAGUAAAUGAAGAUACUAGAGAAAAAUAUAGAACGGUACUACAAGGACUUGCAAAAUUUUCAAGAAAUAUAUGGCUAGCUUUAGAUCAAGAAGCAAUAGUGUUAGGAACCCAAUUUUUUGUUUACUUUGUGAUUUUCGACGACCUCAUUGAUACCAAUGAGCAAGAGUUUUGUAUCAUAAUUAUAAAAAGAGCAAUCAAUAUUUUUAAAUUGGGUAAACUAGAAGCCAAUGCUACACCACUUGAAAAAUUAGCAUUUUACUUCCUUCGGAUUGUAAAAGAUAGAGUCGGAGAUCAACAUCCAUUAAUGAAUCUAUUUAUAACAUCCUGCAUAGAGUAUUUUGAAAAUUUAGUACCGUGGCAAAGUAUAAAGGAAUUGAGAGAAAAAGAUGAAAGAAUGAAUAGUUUCCAUUUUAUGAAAACUCAAAAUAAUUGGUCAAAUCAAGAAUGUUUUGAUUUCAUAGAAAAAGAAUUGGAUAUUUGUUUUGAAGAAUAUUUUACUGAUGAAAACCUUCUUAUUCAAAAAUUCAUUCCUAAUCUUAAAAACAAAGAAGAUCAAGAAGAAUUUUAUCAAAUUCUUCAACAAUUUCAUACUCUUGUAUCUGCUUUAGUAUCUAUGUAUUUAGAAAGAGUAAAAUAUAAAUCACCAGAUUCCAUCUUUCUUGAACUUAGAAAAUUUUUUGUUUUUAGACACAGUGGAGGUCACUCCCAAGUUGGACUUGACGCAUUGGCACUCAACCACGAAGAACUGAUCGUUCUUUAA